AUGGACGCAGGCGGUCUCGCUCAAAUGUCUUCCAACAACUUCGCACCCAACGGCCUCGCCAUGCCCAGUGGUGGCCUCGCUGCCCGUCGUGGCGGUCAACCCAAGCCUCUUGCCGUUGAACUCAUCAACCAGAACAAGGAGCAGGACCCUGCCCCCACUCCCCGCACCAGCCGCUCCCACCUUCUUGCUGGUCUGAGGACGGCUCCCAAGUCUGCUACUGUUGGCUCAUUUAGCCUUCAGUCCCCUACGACCGGCCCCAUGCAGCAGCAUGCCCGGAACUCUAUGGCUGGAAAUGCCUACAACAUGGGUCAGGACAACGCUUACAACGCUCCUAAGACGGCGUAUCCUCAAUAUGCUGCUCAGAACAACUACAACUCGGCAGCAAGCCAGCAGUACACUGUUGAACAGGUCUUGGCACCCCCUGAACUCUCCAUGGAUGAGCAAAACCAGGAGGGCAUGGACCCUAACCUGUAUGCCCAGCUUCUUGCCACCAACAUGUACUUGGCCCAGCAGCAGCAGCGUCUGCAACAACAGCUUAGGAGCGUGCAGGCUGCCACCCAGCAAUUUUCAAACAUGAACCUCAACAACCCUCAGCUCACUCAGCACCAGAUGAACCUGUAUGAGCAGCAGCAGCAGAUCCGCCACCUGCAGCAGCAACUUAACGUCCAGGCCGCCGUGGGCCAGCAGCAACAGUUCCAACAGAUGCAACAACAACAGCUGCAACAGCAACAGCAGCUACAACAGCAGCAGCAACAGCCGAUUUACUACAACCCUAUGACUGGCCAGUAUUUCGUCGAGAACCAGCAGCCUUCUGUUCAGGUCACAUCGCCCUACAACGAGCAGCCCUCAACUCCCGGCUUUGGUGGAUAUCAGCAGCACAACACACCCUCGGUGCAGGUCUCGCCUCCUGCUGAGUCUCAGCCCUUUUCUUUCCGCAGUAACUCGCCUCCCAAGCGCUAUGAGUCUCCUACUGAGGUUGCCCCCCUCCCUCCACCAUCCGCCAACGCUUUCCGUCGUGGACACAAGAAGGCAUCAUCUCUUGCCCCUGUUAACAGUGUCCUGGCAACUUCGUUCUCAUCAGACGCUCCCAAGUCAGCCGGCCCCAAGACUUCUACUUUCCCCAUCACACCCUUGACUGGUGGAUAUGGACCUGGUCAGGCCCGUGCUGGAGAGCAUCCCGUUCGUCAGCCUCGUGGCCCACCUUCCCUGGAUGAACUCAAGGCGAAGCCUACUGCUAAGCACGAGGGCAGCAAGAACUUUUCUGCUCGUACUCGUCGCUCUGCUGUUCACAACCUUGUCCGUGCCGGUCUCGAGCGUCGCAAGGGCACUGGUAGCUCUUGCGGCAGCAUGAGCCCCGUUUCCGAGACUGCCGAGGAGUCGUCGUCACCUAUUACGGACGAUGAGUCCGACUCCGGUCGCAGCGGAUCCGGUAGCCUGGCUGGUGACCUAGAGUGUCCCAGUUCGCGCACAUCCGCCAGUGGAGGUUGGGGCGCUAUUGGUUCUGACCGCCCCAGCUCUCGUCAGAAGGCUCGCAAGAGUGUUGACAGCAUGGAUAGCAUCACCUCCAAUGCCGAGAGUGAGAAUAGCUCUUUUGCCAAUGUGUUUAAGAACGGCGCUCUGCGAGCAGCCAAGGCACAGGACUCGGCCGACAACCAGCGCAAGGCACCUAGACUGGUGCUCACCAAGAACACUUCUACUGCUUAG